AUGUCGAACUGUGCCCCAACUGACACCAAGAAGAAGCCCUUCAAAGCCCGCAGUGUCCUCAAGGACGUCGCCACACGGGAAUAUACCAUCCAUGUUGGCAAAUAUGUGCACAAGAAGACGUUCAAGAAGCGUGCACCCCGUGGGGUGAAGGCCAUCGUUGAAUUCGCCCAGAGGUAUAUGGGGACAAAGGAUGUGCGAAUUGAUCCCAAACUGAAUCAAGAGGUUUGGUCAAAGGGUAUCAAAAACCCACCACGCCGCAUACGGGUGAAGCUCGAGCGCAAGCGUAAUGAUGAUGAAAAUGCGAAAGAGAAGCUCUAUACAUAUGCUUCAUACGUCUCUGUUCCUUCAUUCAAGGGGCUAGGGACCGUUGUAGCAGAUGCUGAGUGAUCGGAUGUAACGUUUUCCUGCUCUCGCUUUCUGGCUUCGCAUUCCACAUUAUGCACGUAUGUACCAGGCACGAAUAUAGGGAGUUACUUAUGGCGCUGCGAUUUUCUUGGCCUGGAAAUUCCAAGCUACCCGCAAAGCACAUUCAUAACGCCGAGGCUCUGCACUUUUUGCUACAUCACGGGAUGGAUCGAGUCCAUGGCUCUUGGCUUAUGACUUGUUAGACCGCUACCAUACUCGUGCUCGAGGGAGCCCAAGAAUGAAUGGUCUCGUAGCUCCCCACCGGCACGACUUGGUAAACAUCCGCCCAGCUAAAUGUCCUCUUCGGCUUCCCAUUCGUGCGACGGAUUGUAGAUCCAUCGUUGUGUCAUGCGCCAAGAACACCCUUCCACUUUCAUUGAAAGUCAGAUUGCAAUCCGAUAACAUAGCA